GAAAAAGACGUGGGAAAUCGAGGAAGUGUUCUGGGGCCUGUUCCAGGAAGCAUGAUCAACAAACUGAGUCUAAACGCAACUCUGGGAUCGGCAACUCCCACAACAGCUUAUCAGAGUUAGUUUAUUCACCUCUGAGUAUGUUCAGCCUGAGAGUCGGCGACACCAGGAUUCACCAUGGCAACGGAGAUUCAUUCCCUCCAUUACAUCUACACCGCUCUCUCCAAACCCGUUGGACAACCGGGCAUCCACGAGUUCACAGCCAUGGGCAUGCUGGAUAACAGAAUGAUCGACUACUUCGACAGCGAGCAUCAGACAAAGGUUCCCAGACAGGACUGGAUGAGACAGCGUUUACCCGUUGAUUAUUGGGAAAAAGGCACACAGUCCCGCAAGAGCAAGCAGCAGUGGUUCAAGGUGAACAUCGGCAUCCUGAUGGAGCGAAUGAGGCAGAAUGACUCAACCUCCCCUCAUGUUCUUCAGUGGAUGCAUGGCUGUGAGGCUGAAACGCAGCCUGACGGCACGCUCAAGUUUGUGCGCGGCAUGGACAUGUACAACUAUGAUGGUGACGACUUCCUGUCCUUCGAUGAUAAAAAUGGGGUCUGGGUCGCCCCAACAAAGGAGGCAGAAGCCACCAAGAGGAAGUGGGACGGUGUCCAGGUCCUGAAAGAGUACACCAAGGGCUACCUGGAGAACGAGUGCGUCGAUUGGCUGAGCAAAUUCGUGAAUUAUGGGGAAAAGGAGCUCCAAAAAAAAUCUCCUCCUGAGGUGUUCGUUUUUACGAAGAGCUCCAAGGUCGAGGCCAAUGUCUUCCUGGUGUGCCUCGCCACGGGCUUCUACCCAAAAGACAUCAUCCUGAGGGUCAAAAGGAACGAGCGGGUUCUCACAAAAGAGGACGGCCUGAUGAGCACAGACAUUCUUCCGAAUGAUGACGACACCUUCCAGAGAAGAGACUUCGUGGAGAUUUUAAGGUCUGAUGUGUCAAAAUUCAGCUGUGAAGUCAUCCAUAGAGGGACUAAUGUGGACAUUACUAAGAUGUGGGAUCCCAUCGUGCCCGACGCUCCUGCUGGAAACGGCGGCGUCGUCGUCGCAGUGGUGGUAGUGCUGCUCGUGUUUAUUGGUGGAGCUGCGGUUCUGUGGUUUUUACGUAGAAAAUGGCUUCUCGAUCGUUAACCUGACGCUGAUAUCCAGCUGCCAGAGGCAAACGGAGGCCUGUUGAAGCCGGAGUGCUGAGCUGCGUGAACGCUGUUUUUAACUGUUAUUCUUUCCAAGUGUAUGAUAUAUGAAAGGCGACCUUGAGAGUUUCCAAAGGCAACUAGAAUGAUAUUGUAGGAAGAGGAGAUGUGAAGUUUUUGGAAUAACUCGUAGCACAUGAAGACUUGAUGCAACCAGAUUUACCAAAACAACACACACAAAAAAAAAAAAAAAAAGCCGAGCAUUUUGCAUUUGCUGCUCCCUUCAGAUUAGAUGAGCAUUAUUCCAUUUGAAUCAAUAAGUGGGUUUGAAACAAGCAUUAAUGCUCCUUUAAGCUGAACCUCCAGCAGUGAAAAUGAAAUGAGCUCGGUUUGAGUUUAUGAAAUUCUCUCAGCUAAAAGUGAGUUCAGGACUUUAAAACUUAAACGGGGGUCCUGAUAAAUGUGCAGACAUGUCAGGAUUAAACAGGAGUUACAAACUGAACAGCUGGAUUUAAUUUAAAAACACUUUUAAAGACUUGAAGGCAGGUCAGAGGCUGAGGACCUGUGGAGAGAGCAGCCGACCCAACACGGUGGCUUGGUUCAAAGGUCAUGGUACAAAAUAUGUUUUAGGUUUAUAAAUUUUUCCAAACUGACAGAUUACUGUUGGACUUUUGUUCUGGGAUGUCACCAGAAACUCUGUAAUGUACUAAUGCCUGUGGUCAUUUUUACUACCUUAUGCACCUGAAUUCUCUCUGUUUUAAUCUUUUGAUAAAUCAGUGAAAUAUCUGCUGUGUGACUUUUGGUGUAAGAAGGUGUUUCCUGAUGUGUUGAAUGAUGUUGUCACUGUGAAGCAGGACUGACAGAUAUAUAAUAUUUAAAGCCUGUUUUAAAUGUUCUUUUUGUAUAAAAAUGUCAAUCAAGUUGAUAUUUUUGUGUUCUUUUAAAGAAAUCGCUCCAUUUUGUUGUGUUUAUUUGUGCGUUUGAA